AUGAUGAAUGACACUGACCUACCUAAGCAAGUUAAAGAGGCUGCCACUUUACGACUUGAUGAAGAUGACGAAAUUGACAGCCUUCGUAUGGAUGUUAUAUGGGGUCAUUUAGGGAAUUUGAAAGUUAGUGGUUAUCCAAGAUUCCAGCAUCUUAGUAAAGUAGCUCAGUUGGUGUUAGUACUGCCCCAUAGCAAUGCAGAGGAGGAAAGAGCAUUUAGUCUUGUCAGAACGAACAAAACAUGCUUCAGAGGAAACCUGGACAUAAACAGAACCCUUAGUGCUAUCAUGACCAUAAAAAUGAAUUCCACUGCCCCAUGUUUUGAGUACAAGCCAACAGAUGAAGUAGUAAAGAACUCCAAGAAAGUUACUUGGCAGUUCAACAAGUCACAUAUGUCAAAAAACAAGUAA